AUAGGCUUAUUUACUGUCUUACUACUGGGAGUUACUGUUUUGUUUUGAGACGUGGCAACUACCACUGUUACAAAACUAUAAUUUAGUGGGAGUGGCAGUGUUAUAGUCAACUUACGUCUCUGAAUCUGCUCAGACGGCAUAUUUCUUCCAGGUAUUAAGCCUACUGUAGGUCUGGUCAGAAUGGUGAAUCUUCUUCAAUAUCUCCUGCUCCUCUGUGGUUGUCAUAUAUGCCUCAGUGUCAAUGACGAUUCAGUCCCUAAUGAGGUGGGUCCUCCUGAGCUCAACGAGAACAGUGGGACUCUCUACGCUACCUGCAGAAUGCGGCCGAAUUCCAAACUUGCCACUGGCAUGCCAAAAAUUUAUGGGCAUGUGAUGUUCAAGCAGGAACACGCUGACGAUAAGAUUAAAGUGGCGAUCAAUCUACAUGGUUUUCCAACCUCUGACGGACAGUUCAGAGCCAUCCAUAUUCAUCAGUAUGGUGACCUGACUGAGGGAUGCUCUUCUACUGCUGGCCACUACAACCCCUUAUCAGUUGACCAUCCACGCCAUCCAGGAGACUUUGGCAAUUUCCCGCCCUCCAACGGGAAGAUUGUGCAGACACUGGAUUCUGAUGCCACACUUUUUGGUGGCCUGUCAGUUCUCGGCAGGUCAGUGGUGGUCCAUGCAAAGGAAGAUGACCUGGGUCGUGGUGGAGAUGCAGGAAGCCUCCUUCAUGGAAAUGCUGGAGAGAGGCUGGCGUGCUGUGUUAUUGGGAUGGCCAGGCCUAAGGUGUGGGACCGCUUUCAGCAAAAGCGCAGACGAGUGUGAUAUAGAAACUGACUGGACGUUCACACGUAACACUAUGGACCACACUAAAUACACCAAUGUGCUGUAUACAAUACCUGUCCAUACUAAGUGCAAUACAACGAAGUUCAUGUAAUGAGAAUAUUUCACUGUUUUCUGCCUCUGGGUUCUUUUAUCAGUUUUUCAUGCAUUUAGUUAAUUUUGCCUGGGCCAGACAAUUUUGCCUGCUAUCAUUUGUAAUAAAGGCCCUGAUACAUUAUCUGAAUGCAUAGGGAUGCUUUAAAGUUUUUAAAGUCUUUUUCAUCAAAGCAUAACUGUAGCUCUUUUCUUUAACAAUAUCUACAUAUUGCAUCUUUACUACAACAAGUUUGAACAAAGGUAUCCCAUAUACCGUUGCUUACGUUGAAUUGCACAACACAAAAGAAAACUGAAUUUGGGAUUUUAUCAGUGCAUGAGCCUUCAAUCCUUGAAAUAAGACAACUGCAACCAUCACUGUGGUGCACUACAUCACUAUGAUGGCCUCUGAGAAAUCCUUUGUACAAGAUAAAAAACAAUCCAACCUCAUUUGAAAGAAUUCAGACCAUAUAUUUCUUGGCACUUAUUUCAGAACCUGUUCGCUAUAUCUCCAUGGUUUCCUCUAAUAAGCUCUUGAUUUUGUAUCAUGAACCCUUCAAUAAAUUUGAUGAGAUCCAUAUGUGUGAGACACUGUUCUGGGAGAGGAGGACUGUGGGCAUGACUGGAGUGAAGCAGGCUGAGGCAGAAAAAGCACAGAAAGUCAGAAUGGGCUUAACUGUGCCUCCCACUGUCCACGCAAGGCCAGAUAAAGCCCAAA